CCGAACCAUUACUGCAGGACGGAGUUCAACUACCGAGUGGAAGAGGGAGGGAAGAGAAAGAAAGGAGGAAAAAAAAGAGAAAAGCGAGGCGAAGGCAGCGAACUUGUGCGCAGUUUCUGUGGAUUGAAAGAGGAAAUCUGAAGCGCAGCGACACGGAUCCACACUGAGUCCCAGGAGUUUCUGACAAACCGAGCUCCGAGCGUCUGCAUCUGAUCAGCAGCAACCAUGUCGGACGCCGACAAGUUCCUGUACGUGGACCGCAACCUGGUCAACAACCCGCUGGCGCAGGCCGACUGGGCCACCAAGAAGCUGGUAUGGGUGCCGUCGGAGCGGCUGGGGUUCGAGGCCAGCUCGGUGAAGGAGGAGCACGGCGAUGAGGUGGUGGUGGAGCUGGCCGACUCCGGGAAGAAAGUGCGGGUCAACAAGGACGACAUCCAGAAGAUGAACCCGCCCAAGUUCAGCAAGGUGGAGGACAUGGCCGAGCUCACCUGCCUGAACGAGGCGUCCGUGCUGCACAACCUGAAGGAGAGAUACUACUCCGGCCUCAUAUACACGUAUUCGGGUCUGUUCUGUGUGGUCAUCAACCCCUACAAGAACCUGCCCAUCUACUCAGAGGAGAUCGUGGACAUGUACAAGGGCAAGAAACGACAUGAGAUGCCACCACACAUCUACGCCAUCACAGACACGGCCUACAGGAGCAUGAUGCAGGACCGUGAGGACCAAUCGAUUCUCUGCACGGGCGAAUCUGGAGCCGGAAAGACAGAAAACACCAAGAAGGUCAUUCAGUAUCUGGCCCACGUGGCCUCGUCCCACAAAACCAAGAAAGACCAGGUUAAGCUGGAGAAGCAGCUGCUGCAGGCCAAUCCCAUCCUCGAAGCCUUCGGCAACGCCAAGACAGUCAAGAACGACAACUCUUCCCGAUUCGGCAAGUUCAUCAGAAUCAACUUUGACGUUAACGGGUACAUCGUCGGAGCCAACAUUGAAACCUACCUGUUGGAAAAGUCCCGCGCAAUCCGUCAAGCUAAAGAAGAAAGGACCUUCCACAUGUUCUACUACAUGCUGACCGGCGCAGGAGACAAACUGCGCUCUGAACUCUGUCUGGAGAGCUACAGUAAGUACCGGUUCCUGUCCAACGGGAACGUGACGAUCCCGGGACAGCAGGACCGAGACCUGUACCUGGAGACCGUGGAGGCCAUGAGGAUCAUGGGCUUCUCUGAGGAAGAACAUAUCGGUCUGUUGAGGGUCAUGUCAUCUGUGCUACAGCUGGGUAAUAUGUCCUUUAAGAAGGAGCGUCACUCGGACCAGGCCUCCAUGCCUGAUGACACAGCUGCCCAGAAGGUGUGCCAUCUAAUGGGCAUGAACGUGGCUGAUUUCGCACGUGCCAUCCUCUCGCCCCGGAUCAAAGUGGGCCGUGACUAUGUGCAGAAGGCCCAGACCCAGGAGCAGGCCGAGUUUGCGGUGGAGGCUCUGGCCAAAGCCACGUACGAGAGGAUGUUCCGCUGGCUGGUGAUGCGCAUCAACAAAGCUCUGGAUAAGACCAAACGUCAGGGCGCCUCCUUCAUCGGCAUCCUGGACAUCGCUGGCUUUGAGAUCUUUGAGCUGAACUCGUUCGAGCAGUUGUGCAUUAACUACACUAACGAGAAGCUCCAGCAGCUGUUCAACCACACCAUGUUCAUCCUGGAGCAGGAGGAGUACCAGCGCGAGGGCAUCGAGUGGAGCUUCAUCGACUUCGGCCUCGACCUGCAGCCCUGCAUCGACCUCAUCGAGAAACCCGCGAGUCCUCCAGGAAUCUUGGCUCUGCUGGACGAGGAGUGCUGGUUCCCCAAAGCCACAGACAAGAGCUUUGUGGAGAAGGUCCUGCAGGAGCAGGGGACGCACCCCAAAUUCCACAAACCCAAGAAACUGAAGGACGAGGCAGAUUUCUGCAUCAUCCACUACGCUGGAAAGGUGGAUUAUAAGGCGGAUGAGUGGCUGAUGAAGAACAUGGACCCGCUGAACGAUAACGUGGCCAGUUUGCUCAAUCAGUCCACCAACAAGUUUGUUUCAGAGCUGUGGAAGGACGUGGACCGUAUCGUGGGUCUGGAUAAGGUGGCCGGCAUGUCGGAGCUGCCGGGUGCGUUUAAGACCCGUAAGGGAAUGUUCCGCACGGUCGGGCAGCUCUAUAAGGAGCAGCUGUCCAAACUCAUGGCCACGCUCAGAAACACCAACCCCAACUUCGUCCGCUGCAUCAUCCCCAACCAUGAGAAAAAGGCGGGUAAGUUGGACCCUCACCUGGUUCUGGAUCAGCUCCGGUGUAACGGUGUGCUGGAGGGAAUCCGGAUCUGCAGACAGGGAUUCCCCAACCGCAUCGUCUUCCAGGAGUUCAGACAGAGGUAUGAAAUCCUCACGCCCAACUCCAUUCCCAAAGGCUUCAUGGAUGGUAAACAGGCUUGUGUGCUGAUGAUCAAAGCGCUGGAGCUGGAUCCCAACCUGUACCGGAUCGGACAGAGCAAAGUGUUUUUCCGUGCUGGAGUUCUGGCUCACCUGGAGGAAGAGCGCGAUAUGAAAAUCACUGAUGUCAUCAUCAACUUCCAGGCCUGGUGCCGUGGAUACGUCGCACGCAAGGCGUUCGCCAAGAGGCAGCAGCAGCUGACGGCCAUGAGAGUGAUCCAGAGGAACUGCGCUGCCUACCUGAAGCUCAGAAACUGGCAGUGGUGGAGACUGUUCACCAAGGUGAAGCCACUGCUGCAGGUCAGCCGACAGGAAGAGGAAAUGCAGGCCAAAGACGAGGAGCUCAGCAAGGUUCGGGAGAAGCAGAUUGUGGCUGAACAGCAGCUGCAGGAGAUGGAGGCCAAACAGCAGCAGCUGAGUGCAGAGAAACAGGCUCUUCAGGAGCAGCUGCAGGCGGAGAUGGAUCUGUGCGCCGAGGCUGACGAGAUGAGGAACCGCCUGGUGGCCAAGAAGCAGGAGCUGGAGGAGAUCCUGCACGACCUGGAGGCCCGCGUGGAGGAAGAGGAGGAGCGAGCCAAUCACCUGCAGCUGGAGAAGAAGAAGAUGCAGCAGAACAUCGCGGAUCUGGAGCAGCAGCUGGACGAGGAGGAAGGCGCGCGGCAGAAGCUGCAGCUGGAGAAGGUCACGAUGGAGGCCAAACUCAAGAAAACCGAAGAGGACGUGAUGGUCCUGGAUGACCAGAACAACAAACUGUCCAAGGAAAAGAAACUUCUAGAAGAACGAAUCUCUGAGUUCACCACAAACCUGGCCGAGGAGGAGGAGAAGUCCAAGAGCCUGCAGAAGCUCAAGAACAAACACGAGGCCAUGAUCACCGACCUGGAGGACCGUCUGCGUCGCGAGGAGAAGCAGCGUCAGGAGCUGGAGAAGAACCGCAGGAAGCUGGAGGGCGACUCUACGGAGCUGCACGAUCAGAUCGCCGAGCUUCAGGCUCAGAUCGCUGAACUGCGCGCGCAACUCGCCAAGAAGGAGGAGGAGCUUCAGGAGGCGCUCGCCAGGAUCGAGGAGGAAGCGGCUCAGAAGAAUCUGGCGCAGAAGAAGAUCCGGGAGCUGGAGGCUCAGCUGAGUGAACUUCAGGAGGAUCUGGAGCUGGAGCGAGCGGCUCGAACCAAAGCUGAGAAACACCGCCGAGACCUGGGAGAAGAGCUGGAGGCGCUGAAGACCGAGCUGGAGGACACGCUCGACUCCACCGCCGCGCAGCAGGAGCUCAGGACGAAGCGUGAGACUGAAGUGGCCCACCUGAAGAAGUCUCUGGAGGACGAGGCUAAAGUUCACGAGCAGGUGGUGGCAGAGAUGAGACAGAAACACAGUCAGGCCUUCGACGAGCUCAACGAGCAGCUGGAGCAGGUCAAACGGAAUAAGGUCUCGGUGGAGAAGACCAAACAGGCUCUGGAGUCGGAGAGGAACGAGCUGCAGAUCGAGCUGCAGACACUCAUGCAGGGCAAAGGAGAUUCAGAGCACCGCAGGAAGAAAGCCGAGACGCAGGUGCAGGAGCUGCAGGUCAAACACGCCGAGAGCGAACGCCAGCGGUUCGAACUCGCCGAGAGAGUCACCAAGAUGCAGGCCGAGCUGGAUAACGUCAACAGUCUGCUGAGCGAAGUCGAAGGGAAGUCCAUCAAAGCGUCGAAGGACUGCUCAACCGUGGAGUCGCAGCUGCAGGACGUGCAGGAAGUGCUGCAGGAGGAAACGCGGCAGAAGCUGGCGCUGAACACACGUCUGCGGCAGCUGGAGGACGAGCAGAACAGCCUGAAGGAGCAGCUGGAGGAGGAAGAGGAGGCCAAGAGGAACCUGGAGAAACAGAUGAGCACCAUGCAGAUGCAGCUGGCUGACAUGAAGAAGAAGAUUGAGCAGGAGGCCGGCUUUCUGGAGAGUUCUGAAGAGACGAAGAAGCGGGUCCAGCGCGACCUGGAGGCCGUGACGCAGCGUCUGGACGAGAGGUGCGCCGCCUACGACAAGCUGGACAAGACCAAGACGCGCCUGCAGCAGGAGCUGGACGACAUGGUAGUGGACCAGGACCAUCUGAGACAGAUCGUCUCCAACCUGGAGAAGAAGCAGAAGAAGUUCGACCAGAUGCUGGCUGAGGAGAAGUCCAUCUCUUCCCGUUACGCCGAGGAGCGCGACCGCGCCGAGGCCGAAGCUCGUGAGAAAGAGACUCGUGUGUUAGCGCUGGCCCGCGAGCUGGAGGCCCUGAGGGACCUGAAGGACGAGCUGGACCGAACCAACAAGCUGCUGCGCGCCGAGAUGGAGGACCUGGUGUCCUCUAAAGACGACGUGGGCAAGAGCGUUCACGAUCUGGAGAAGUCGAAGCGCUCGAUGGAGCAGCAGCUGGAGGAGAUGAAGACGCAGCUGGAGGAGCUGGAGGACGAGCUGCAGGGCACCGAAGACGCCAAACUGCGGCUGGAGGUCAACAUGCAGGCCAUGAAGGCGCAGUACGAGAGAGACCUGCAGGGACGAGACGAGCUGGGAGAGGAGAAGAAGAGACAGCUGCUCAAACAGGUGCGUGAGAUGGAGAUGGAGCUGGAGGACGAGCGUAAACAGCGCACAGUGGCGAUGGCAGCGAGGAAGAAGAUGGAGCUGGACCUGAAGGAUCUGGAGGCCGCCAUCGACCAGGCCAACAAGAACCGCGACGAGGCGCUCAAACAACUCAAGAAAGUGCAGGCUCAGAUGAAGGACCUGCUGCGGGAGCUGGAGGACACACGUGUGUCCCGCGAGGAGAUCCUGGCUCAGAGCAAAGAGAACGAGAAGAAGGUGAAGAGCAUGGAGGCCGAGAUGAUCCAGCUGCAGGAGGAACUGGCGGCCGCAGAGCGAGCCAAGAGACAAGCGCAGCAGGAGAGAGACGAGCUGCAGGACGAGAUCAACAACCUGGCCGCUAAAGGAUCUCUGGGCUCGGAGGAGAGGAGGCGUCUGGAGGCGCGGAUCGCUCAGCUGGAGGAGGAGCUGGAGGAGGAGCAGAACAACACGGAGCUGGUGAACGACCGGCUCAAGAGAGCCCUGCUGCAGACGGACCAGAUAAACGUGGAGCUGACGGCGGAGCGCAGCACCUCCCAGCGGCUGGAGGGAGCGCGCUCACAGAUGGAGCGCCAGAACAAGGAGCUGAAGCUCAAACUCACCGAGCUGGAGGGAACCGUCAAGAGCAAAUACAAGGCCACCAUCGCCGCCCUGGAGGCCAAGAUCAUCCAGCUGGAGGAGCAGCUCGACGUCGAGACCAAAGAGCGACAGCAGGCCUCAAAACUGGUGCGUCGUACAGAGAAGAAGCUGAAGGAGGUGAUUCUGCAGGUGGACGACGAGAGACGCAACACGGAGCAGUUUAAAGAUCAGUCUGAGAAGCUGAACAGCCGCAUGAAGCAGCUGAAGCGGCAGCUGGAGGAGGCCGAGGAGGAGGCGCAGAGAGCAAACGCCAACCGCAGGAAACUACAGCGAGAGCUGGAGGACGCCACCGAGUCCGCCGACGCCAUGAACCGCGAGGUCAGCAGCCUGAAGAGCAAACUCAGGCGCGGCGAUCUGCCCUUCACCAUGCGCCGCAUCGUCAGCCGCUCGGGAAUCGAGAGCGACGAAGACCCGGAGGCCAAGACCGAAACCCCCGAACCCAAACCCGAGUGAAAGAAGCCGAACCGCAGCGUUCCCUCGCAAACACACACACACACACACACACACACACACAAGUCUUGGACGACAACGUCCACGAAAACUCAGAGAUACUUAGUCGAUUUUUGUUUUUUGUUCUUAUUUUAGUGCCAUAGUGUAUUCGCGCACACACAAUGGUUCUCCUGACAAUCACACACGACAGCUUCACUCACACAGAGGACCAAAUUUGUGUUUUCAUGUCAUUGUCUAGAAUAGAAAAAGAGCGCAAUGAUAUUUUUGUAAGGACGCAUUCCGUCAACUGUAGUCCCGAUUCCGGAUCUAUUUUUCUAACUGAAGUUAAAGGAUUGAAACACGGUGAAGAAGAGAACUUAUUGAAGGGGACCAAAGCAAAAUUGCUUUCUACAAAACUGUAUUUUAUUCAUGCGUUUUUAUAAAGGUAUAAGGAUGAACAUAGCGCUCGCUCUCUUGCACCUCUGCUGGUAAAUAAUAGAUUGUGAUGAUAAUUACAGAUACUAUCGUACAGUUACGCUUUUGGGCUUUACACACGAAUAAGGCAUUUAGUAAAUCAAACCAGCACAGAAAAUAUUAGAGAUUUUCACGCCACUGUAUAUGCACAUGAAAUUUCAUAAUACUUUUUGAUCAAAAAAAAAAAAAAAAAAAUGGAGGUGUUUAUCGCACUGUUGCAGCAGACUGAAGGAAAAAGGAUCGGGUGGGCAACGCACGAACUCAUUUAGACAUGGCACUAUGCACUAUCGCCUUAAAUCUACUAUUUGGAUACGUUCUGUUCCUCUUUUCUUUUCAGUAUAUGUGUCUUUAUUAAUGUUCAGGGCAUGAAUGGUGGAGGGUUGACGGUUUCUCUCACGCACACACUGUAAACGCUGAGCACGGCCGCGCGGGGGCGGGAAUCGACCGUUUGGCGGGAGUUUUUAAAAAUCAUGGAACACUACCAUGGCUACCUCUGAUCACAUUUAAACACUCUGUGACAUCAUAAUAUUCGAUUAUUCAGCGCUCUACUCUCUCUGAAAGAACGAAGGGCCGUCAGCGGCAGCGAUCUCCCUCCUCGAAGCUCGUGCUCGGGUUCUGCUUUUUUCGCGCGCACUGCUGGGAAGUGAGAGAAAUUUACUAUUACUGAUUAUGUGUGGAUAGAUAGAGCAUUUCUCUCUCUCAUUCUCAUCGUCUCCCAAUAAUGACUUUGUGAUGUUGUGUUAUGUUCUCUGUCCCUGCUACUCCUCAAUGAUAUCUGGAGAGAUUUGUCAUAAAUCGUUGGUGUAAUGAUGCAAUAAAAUGGCUUUUUCAAAACCCCUUUA